AUGCAUAUCGUUGCUCCUCAGAGCCUGUUCUACGAGAUCCUGGCGGGCGUGUGGGUGAGGAACGGCCUGCAGAUCAAGGGCCAGGCGAUGACGUACAUCCAGGCCAACUUCUGUAACUCCAUGGUCGACAUGGACAUCUACUGGCUGCAGAUCUGCGCCGCACACCUGCCCGCUGACCAGUUCCUUGAUAUGUGUAUCGAUGUUUUCGGUGUCCGUGAGUGGUUGAGCAUGACGCCGAUGUCAGCGAGCCAGGCGUCCGAGCAGGAUGCUAUGGUGGAGGGACUGCUCACCUUCCUGGCGAUACUGGUGUCUUCAAGGACCAACCUCGGUAAUGACGAGUUGACCCAGUCCCGGCUGGAGGUGGCGACGCUCCUGGCCGCGGGAGACAAGACACACUCACAGCUACUGGAGCUGAUGCCCGAGAGGUCCGGGAACGCUCACACUAGGAACUUCGAGACCGUACUCAAGGAGCUGUCCGUGUACCGCGCGCCCCCCAAGUGUUCGGAGAGUCUGGAGCAGGGUUUGUUCGUGCCGCGGGCCGUGGUGUGGACGCGCUACUACGAUCCUCUACACGUUCUUAGGAGGGCUGUACAUAGAAGGGACUUUCACGCGUCAAUGGACAGGUUCACGGCCUUCGUCAGGGAGAAGCAGAAGUCUGAAGGGAGCCCCGGCACCUGCACGGGCACGCUGUGGCCGCCGCUGAGACCCGCGCUGCCCCCGCCAGAGGCCGCCGGGGACCCCAGGGAACUGUGCGCCUCCGGUGUGUUACACGGAGCCCUGCUGGCGGUGCUGCACCGCGGGGUCCGUCGUCGCGCGGCGGAGGGUGCGUCAGAGGCGGAGGGUGGCGCCGGGCCCCCCGCACCCCCCGCGCCGCCCGACCACGUGCUGGCGCUGGCCGUGUACCUGCUGGCUGUGGCCGCCGACCUGGCCGCCGAGAGGCAGAAGACACACGACCGUGAUGUGUGUGUGGCGGCGUGCGGGCGGGGCGCAGGAGGACGCGUGUCGGGCGUGCCUCUACUACGAGCCUUCACCGGGGGCUCAGUGUGUGACAACGCAAGGACCGUAGUGGUCCGUGUGCCACCCACGCCGGCCGCCGCGCCCCCCACCACCACACUACACAGGCACACCGCGCCACAACACAACCACCACUCAGACAGUGAGACGGAGUGGGAGGGCGGGUCAGGGUCAGGCGAGGCGGGCCCGGGAUCACACAAGACGGCCUCGCUGCAGGCCGGGGCCGGCACCGCGCUCGCCGUGCCACAGUCCACACAGAUGGUGCGAGGCCGGUCCGUGUCUGACGACCAGUCCUCUGACGCUGGAGGAGACACGCCCGAGAUACGGGCGCUGGAGCCGCUGUACCCCCAGCCGGCGGGCGGCAGUACGGCUCUGGCGCUGCCCUCUCUCCCCUCCCUGCCCCCGCUGCACGACGUUUCCAUGAGGGACGCGCUGGCCCUCACCACACACGCACACGAGGACAUCGAGCAUGACGUACACGCAGUGCAGUACGAGCUGGAGGCAGCAGCAUGGCAGGACACGAGGCCGGCCCUGCCCGCGCCGCCCUCACCUAUCGUCAACAUGACGCCCUCCACUGACACACAGCUCCAGCUGCACACUCCUACCGACGAGCAGAUCCCAGUCAACGAGUCCAUCAUCUCCCUGCUGCUGAAGCUACACUCGCAGCUGUCGGGGCGACUCGACUCAUUCUCACUGGAGGAGCCCGCUAUAGCCAGCGACGAACCUAUCGGUGACGGGCCCCACUUCAUCGGUCUCCUGGUACACAAGCUGGCCGCCCUGGACGCGAGGUGUGCGGCCGCCGUGCAGCAGGUGAGGCGCGCGCUGUGGCCGCACCAGAGGGAGAGGCAGGCGGAGCAGAGGGCCAGGGAGAGGAGGGAGAAGGAGGAGCGCUCCCGCCGGGCCAGGGACAGACAGCAGCAGCUCAUGAGGGAGUUCGCGCGGAGACAGCAGCAGUUCAUGUCGGCCAUGGAGAGCAUGGAGGGCGCGCCCAUGGAGUGGGAGGAGGAGGUGCAGCGGGACUACGACUGUGUCAUCUGUAACACCACCGCGCCCACCACGCCGCACGACCCCAUAGGACUCGUUGUACUGCUGCAGUCGACGUCAGUAUUGGGUCAUCGUCGUCGUCGCGGCAGUGGCGGCGCGCGUCUGGCUCUGAAUGAGGCGGAGCGCGCCCGCCUGGCCCAGCAGCAGCACGCCACGGCCGCCGCGCACCACUACCGGCUGCACGACGAGCUGCACCAGCACUUCGACCAGGACUCGUGGGUGCUGUCCGUGUCGGUGGGCUGGGAGGGCGGCGUGGCUGCGCAGUCGUGCGGCCACCACCUGCACCUGCGCUGCCUCCGCUCGUACCUGCGCUCGCUGGCCGCCCCCCAGCGGCCUCACAACCUGCACGUGGAGCGCGGAGAGUUCCUGUGUCCUCUGUGUCGACAGUUGGCUAACAGUGUGCUGCCGCUGGCGCCGCCCGCCGCGCCCAGGAGCCCGCCGCCCGCGCCGCUACACAACCAGCUGGCCGCGCAGGUGCUCGACAUGCUGGAAAGAGACCACCCCGCACCGAGUCCCAGUCGUCUGUCGGAGGCGAUGGGUAAAGCCAUGGAAGACAUGACGGCGACGGCGGGCGGCAAGCUGAAGCAGCGGUACGGAUCAUCCCCCGCCGCCAUCUUCACGUUCGUGGCGUCCCUGGUGAGGACCAACCUGGAGUGUGAACUGGUUCAGCGAGGAGGCUCGCUCGUGCACCAACCCGCGCCGCGGUACAAGCCUCGCGACGACUGUAUAGUACCUCUGAUCGCGGUGGCGGGCGCUCACGCCGUGGCGCUGUCAGCGGCGGGCGCGCGGCUCGGUGUAUCGGAGACGUGGCGCGCGCUGGUGCCCGCGGCCUGCCCCGGCGGGGAUGGGCCGGCCGGCAGCGGCUCCCCGGCCACGCUGCACGGCGCCGCCUCCCGCCCGGUGCCGCUGCUGCUGCGGGACCCCACCGCCCUGCUGAUGCACUUCCUGCUGCUCGCCCCCGCCUCGCCGCCACACAUCGACAUACAACACUUCACGUGUAUCGUCCGCGUGCUGUACACGCUCACGUACUACCAAGUGGUGAACCAGCUGUGCGCGUGCGGCUCGCUGGGCGCGGCGCUCCAAUCAGCCGGCGGGCGGGAGGCCGGCGGCGGGCUGGCGGAGGCGGCGCGGAUACUGCUGGGGACGCUGGACGGACACCACCUGCUGGACGAUGAGGGGGGCGGACCACACGCCGACCACCGGCUGGACGACGUGGAGCUGGAGGUCCAGGAGCUGGUGGUUCCGUUCCUCCGUAUAGCGGCGCUCCUCCGUAAGCACAUGUACGGGGCGGAGUUACCUCACAUCGACAGGGAGGAGGACGAGUUCGUGUCGCUACUGCGGUUCCUGGAGCUGGCGGACGCGGGCCCGGCCGACGCCGCGCUGGCUCCUGACGCGGCGAGCGCGGCGCGGGGCUGGGCGCGGCAGCUGGGAGCGGCGGCCGCCGGCGGACAGCUGGGUGUGCAGCGCGUGGUGCGCUCCCUGCACGCGGACUGGGCGCCGCCUUCACUGCUGGCCCUCCCGCGAGACUACGACCGCCUGUUCACGUACUACCACGAGCGCGUGUGCCUGCAGUGCGGCGCCGUGCCCAAGGAGGCGUCCGUGUGCCUGCUGUGCGGCACGCUGGUGUGCCUCAAGCAGCCGUGCUGCCGGCACCGCGCCGUGGCCGAGGCGGUGCAGCACGCGACGGACUGCGGCGGCGGCACGGGCAUCUUCCUGGUGGUGACGUCCACGUACAUCAUCGUGAUCCGCGGCCGGCGCGCCUGCCUGUGGGGCUCGCUGUACCUGGACGACUACGACGAGGAGGACCGCGACCUCAAGCGAGGCAAGCCGCUGUACCUGUCGCAGGACCGCCUCGAGCUGCUGCAGGCGCAGUGGCUGGCGCACCGCUUCGACCACACCAAGCGCACCUGGGUGUGGCACCGCGACUCGCUGUGA